AUGCGCUUUGCUAUCGUCCUUUCUCUCCUCGUCUGCCUCAUCUCGUUUGUGUCGGCGCAGUCGCUGUGCUUCCCGCGCCCCAGCUUCCUUAGCGGAACCUGCAGCACCGAGUGCGGCCUCCGUGGCCACUCUGGUGGCUCCUUCUCCAAUGGUCAAUGCUGCUGCAGCGGUGCUAAGAAGCGCAGCGUUGAGAUUUCGCCGGAGGAGAACCUCCGUAGCGCUGAAGAAUUCUUCGGCGGUAAGCUCCUUGUGGCUCAGGACAACACGCUGCAGGUGAACAAGGGCCACGCUGUCUCUCGUAUCUCGUGCAACCUUUGCAACAUCGGCUCGCUCAACGGCGGUGGCCUGUGCUGUGAGGCUAGCUGCAAGUCGGUCGGCAAGAACUCAGGCUCGUGCAAGAACGGUGUCUGCGUAUGCGGUAAGUAA